AUGGAAAAAAAUAUUAAACUAAAAAUUAGUGACACUAAAUCACGUAUCCUGAACUUUUUAACAAAUAAAAAAACAAGCGUUCCUAAUGAAGAUGAAAAUAAUACAAACACAAUAAAUAAAACUAAAAAUAUAGAAAGCCCAAAUAAUAAUUCUUUGAAUAAUUCUGAAUCUAAUGUAAUAAAUAAAAAAAAUAAUGAAAAGGAUACAAUAAAAAAAAAGAAAAAAAGUGGAACAAUAUUAAAUUUAAAAAAUGAGCAACCACCACAAGCAUUGGAAAGCGAAGUGAAAAAGGGAAAAGUAGAGACUGAAAGUACGACUAAUCAGACAAUGGACACACAAAAUAAACAAGUUCAAAAUAAAAAUGAGGAAAAUAUUAAGAUAGACAAAAUACAAAACGAAAUAUCAUCAUCUGAAAAAGAGCAAAGACAAAAUAACAUUUCUGAUGUUGAAUAUAUAGAAAGCUUGAAAUGUGAGAUUGAAGAAAAUAUCCAAGAAGAUAACAUUCAAAAAUAUGAGAGCAAGCUAAACCCUAUAGCUCCCGAAUUUAAACCACAAAAUUCGUUAUACAUAUAUCAGAAAAUUCAACAACAUACAAAAAAGAAUUUGCUAUUGCUGAUAAAAUCCUUUGCUUAUAAAGGAAUAAAAUUAGAAAACAUAUCUGGGGAAUAUUGUAAGAAAUAUAAUGCAUUGCUAAAUUUGGGACAAGCUGGAUUUACAAAUAUAUAUGAUUUGUUGAAAAGUAUAGAUAGUUAUUUGAUAUUUGAAGAGAUAAAGGAUGAUAAUAAAAAGGAUCAUGAUGAUGAAAGGAGUUUAAGGAAGGACCAUAAUAAUGAUGAUGAAAGGAGUUUAAGGAAGGACCAUAAUAAUGAUGAUGAAAAGGGUGAUAAGAAGGACCAUGAUAAUGAUGAUGAAAAGGGUAACAGAAAAGACAAUAAUAAUGAGGAAGAAAAGGGUGAUAAGAAGGACCAUAAUAAUGAUGAUGAUAAAAAGGGUAACAUAAAAGACAAUAAUAAUGAGGAAGAAAAGAAAACAAAUGAUGAUAAUAAACAUUUGCAUUAUGAAAAAAAAUGUUUUCCAUGUUUUAUAAAUAAAAAUGAUAUAUCCGAAAAAAAUAUUAUCAUAAAAUAUAAAACUCCACCUAUGGAUGAAAAUAGAAAAUUUUUCAUAAAAAUAAUUUUAGGAACAUUAUCUGAGUGUACUAAUUAUAAUGCAAAAUUAUCUGAGGAAGAUACAAAUAUUAAUAAUAGUAUAUCCUUAACUAAAUUACCUCAAGAAGUCAAAAAAAUAUUCGGAGCUUCCUUUAAUUUGAAAUCAAUACAAAUUCGUUGUGGGAUAGAUAAAUUACAAACAUUUUUAGAAGAAAUACAAGAAAUACAAAUAUUUACUCUUCAAAAUGAUAUGAAAAUUAGAAUAACACCAGAAACAUAUAAUUAUAAAAUACCUCAACUAAAUUUUAUUAUGAAAUCAUUCACAAGUCAUGAACUCAAAAAUAAAUCUUCAUUCAAAUUAUUAUAUAACAAAAAAAAUUCUCAUUCUAUGCCUGUUCUCGAUAAACAAUUUUCUUUAAAUAAUAAUCAUAGUUCAGAACAUCUUUUUAAUAUGUAUAAAAAAAAUUCUUUUGAUAACUUCCAUUUUAUAAAAUCAUUAAGUUCCAAUGAAUUGAAAAAUAAUCCUUUUUCUUUUAAUAAAAAGAAAAUAACUUCUUCAAAUUUAUUUCCUCAAAAAAGUUGGAAGGGUAUAUUAUUUGGUGACAAAAAUAAACAUCAUACACAUAAUAAUGACCUUCAAAUAUUAAAUAAAUUAAAUUAUCCAUAUAAUAAAAAUUAUAACACAAUUUUCAAUAAUAACAAUAAUAAUUAUUAUUAUAAUAAUAAUCAAAAUAAUCCCAAUUUUAUUCCUCUCUCAAAGGAUGUGUUAAGUAGUUGUUCACUAAAUAAACUACAUUCUAAUAAUAAUGAUUACUCAAAUAAAAAUUACAACUCCAAAAUUUUAACAAAAAUGCAGUUACAUAUCCUUCUAUAUCAACUCAUAGUUAUCUUAUCAGAAAGACAGAAAAUAGAAUGGAAUGAAAUAAAUAAAAUAAAGGAUCAAAUAUUGAACUCAAAUAUCAAAUCGUGCGAUCUACAAGAUAAUGAAGAUCACGAUAUGGUUGGAAAAAGUGAUACAGGCACUCAUAAAAACCAAGGAGAUGAUCCAAAUCAAGAAGAAACCUUUGCAGAUAAUAAUGCAAGUAUUUUAAAAUCAAACAGCGAACUUUUACAUUUCAUAAACACUUCAGGGACACACGGUUCUUCGGAAUAUCAGCUUGAAAGCCAAGAAACACAUGAUACCACCAACUUAUUCAAAUCAGAAAAUUUAUCGAGUGAUAAAUAUACAAAAAAUUCAGAUUUCUUUAAUUCAUUCGAAAGAAAUAAUACUAAUGCUCAAUUUAUUGGAGUAUUCGUUUCUACUAUUAAAAGUGAAUGGAAUAAAACCUAUGCUGAACAAUACCCAUUAAGCUUUUAUCUCAAUUAUUAUAAAACCAAAAAAUUGAGAAAAUUAUUAGAAGAAAUUCCAAAUUUAAUUAUAGCAGGAUAUGGAAGAAUCAUGCAAGUUUUCACUUUAGAUGCUGCACAAGAUUAUUAUGAUAAUUUAUUUACAGACAAUAAACAAGAAAACUUUAAAACUUUUUCAAAAUCGAAAUUUACCACUCUUAGUAAUUCUCCUUAUUUCAAAGAUAUAACAUAUGAAGAUGUUGCGAAGGCUUGUGCUGAGGGCGAAAGUGUUAAUGUGCUGGACAUUUUGGGAGGAGAUAAUACGAAUGUUGGCAAAUUGAAUAGCAAUAAAUAUUAUGACAACUUCAUUUAUGGUUUGAAUAAAAAUGAUGAUUUUUACAACGCUGAUAAAUAUGAAGAGUUAAGGAAGAAUUAUAAUUAUAAUUAUAAUUAUGAGGAUAUAGAUAUGGAUAUAGAAAUGCAAAUGAAAAAUUCUUAUUGUUAUCCAAAUGAGAAUGUAGAAAUAUUAAGAUACCAUUUACAUAAGCUUUUAUACAAUUUAGUGAUACAUGUGUGUAAAAAGCAGAAUACAUUAUUUUUAAAAUAUAAGGCUAAUGGUGUGAUAUUAAGUGAGUAUGAGAUGAAUAAGCAAUUAUGUGGUCCUGUGUAUUAUUCUAGUGAUUUGACGUAUGAAGAUUUUAUUACAUCAAGGAAAAUAAAUUUUUUUGAAAAACAGCAGAUAAAAAAUAGUGUAUAUCUUUUAUCCCAACAUGGAAUAUAUGGAAUUAAAUUUAUACACUUAACAAAUGAAUGGUUUAAAUUGUAUAAAUGUGAGUUACGUCCUCUCAUGAAAAUAUGUCAUUAUCCAAAAAUUGGUCAGAUGAUUUGUAAUAUGCCUAAUGUAUAUGUAGUGGGAGAUGGAUUUGAUAUGAAAUAUAUACCCAAUACGGAAAUGGAUAAUGAAGUAAAUGACUUUAACGAUGUUCUAUCAAGGAAAAUCAAUAAAAUGUCUUCUGAAAAUUUAUCUUAUAAUAACAAAAUGAACUAUAAUAGGAUAUCACAAGAUAUACCAACUAAAAUAACAAAUAAAAAUAUGGCCUAUGAAAGUAUCAUGGGGUUACUAUUUCCAAAUAUACGUUCUCACAAAAGUUGUAAUGUGAAUGCAUACUAUAAAGAUCAUAAUGAUUACAGAAAGAAUAAAACAAUCAUUCCAGAAUUUUCAAAUGCCUAUUCAUUUAAAAAUGAUAUAAGAAUAAAUAAUUUAUUUAAAAAUCUGUAG